AUGGAGACCACUUCUGUUUCGACGCCCUCCCUGUUGGCCGUUGCUCGCAAGCGCUUCGGCUGUGAGACUCUGGCUGGCGGGCCUUUCAAGCCCAUCAGCCAGGGCUUUGUUCGCUUCUUUGAGGCGCUCCUUUUCGGUCUCUCAAUCGCCAAUGCCGACGCGAUCGAGACCACUGCUCACUUCCAAAUCUUUGUCGAGCAAGCUGCCGAAGAUGCCGCCCUUUUGACCAUCGCCCAUCCGGCUAAAGGCACCACCCCGGCCGAUAUAAUCGAUAUAAUCGCCCACAGGGCCGAUGAAGUCGUGUCUUCCAACCAAGACACUGCCGCCGUCAUUGUGGAAGCUGUCGCGCCCGUCACCUCCGUCGAUGUCGAGCGUGACGCCGAGCCUGAGCCGGCGCUCACAGUCGAGGAAGGCCUUGUCUCCGAGGUGAAUUGCGCCACUGCGGUAGAGCCUCUUCCACAUGCCCAGGACGACAUGGUGCGCUCCGAAGUCGCGUGCACCGACGACGUCCCCGAGGUCGUCGUCAUCACAGAUGACAUCACCCACUCCCACUCUACGAUUGUCUCAGGCACGGAGGACGAGUCGACCAAUCACGAAUUUGCAAUCCAAGAACCAUCUUCCGACUAUGGCGGCCUUGUCCCGGACUUUGAGAACGCCCCGGAAACUGGCAAUCUGAACAAGCCGGCCGUCGUGAUCACGGCCGUUCCUUCUUACCCUCUCUUCUUCGAGGAUGACUUCGAUGCUGCCGUCUCCAGCAUCUUCGAUACCUCUUUCGAGCGCCUCAUGGACGUUGACAUCACCUGGUCUGUCCCUCAGACUUUCGAGAACCGCAGGUCCGAGCGCGAUGCAAUGCGCGAGAGGCUGGCCAAUCCGACUACAUCUCAGUUCAAUCGGCAAUACCUCAUUCUCGAGAGGGCUGCUCGGACGCUUACUAUCGAGGGCACGGCGCCACUCCGUUUCACUACCAAAGCACCGGUGCCUGCAGUUGACGUCUCGACCUCCGUACCUCCGGUAACUCCUGUGACUCCUGCCUCUCCUGCGGAAUCUGAGGCCGUGAUGCUGCCCAAGGAAGUCGAGAUGGCCCUGACCGCUGACGAGACUCGGAAUGCUUCGGAAGAUUUCGCCAGCAAUAAGGCGGCCGCGGUUGAGAUAGCCGAGGAUGUUGCAACCAGUCGCAGCCAUUCAAGGAGCACGUCUUUGAGCAGCAACAACUCCAAGAUCACCACAGAAGCUGCUUCAGAAGCCGCACCCUGCCCUGGUACUCCAGUGACAGAUUACUCGACGACAUCCGUCAAUGGAGAACCCACGAAGGCCAUCCCUGCCGAUCCCAAUGCUCAGCACACAACCACCGCGGAUGCCCACACUUUCACCGCUAUGGAGACCCAAGAACACGAGGACGGCGAUGAGACCACGGAAUAG